CUUUCACAUGCCCCAUCGAUUCUUUUGAAAACCAAAUUCAAUCACUAAAACCAAAAUAAAGGGAACUAUGGCGUCCUUGUACAAACUCAGCAAAGUUUACACAAAGGAAAUACUCCAUCGUACUUUCUGAGGUUAAUUAUGUCAUGCCAGCUUGUCAACUAAACUCCUUCAGGUGUCAUUUGCCCAGUUCGCAGUGGGACUGACUUGGUAGUGUCGUGGAAUCUGAGGUUAAUGAAACCAGACAAAGAAGAGGUUUACUCUGAAGAGUCGCCGUUACUUUCAGCUGACAGCAAAAUGGACGGAGAGAAAACUAGAACCCACGAUGUGCUGUUCAUCUGCAUGUCGGUGCUUGUCACGGUCAUGUUGAUCGGAACACUGUUCUUAAACUUCCUCUCCGGAAGUAUCGGCAUAGAAAUUGGUUGGUUCCUUAACGGCACUGGAGACAUCUCUGAUUACUACUACCUGGAGAUCACACCGGCCGGUUGGACCUUCUCGAUCUGGGGCAUUAUCUACACCUUCCAAGUUCUCUUCAUCCUGUACCUUCUCAUCUCCCUUUGCCGACGUAACGACCAAGGCCCUGUCUACCGCGAACCUCCAGUCAUGAACUCCCUGAUGCUGGGGCUGUACUCCAUCAACUUGGCUCUGAAUAUGUCUUGGUUGUUCCUCUGGGAUCGCCAGUUGAUGCCGGUGGCUCUGGUUGUGAUAGCACUGCUGCCAUUCACGCUGUUCUUGGCGCUGAUUAUCAACCAUCGACUGGUGUACAAAUCUGGCAACAACAUGAAAAAUAACCACAGGAUCGACCUAUAUGCAGUGCGCAUCAUCAUCCAGAACGGAAUGGCCCUGUACGCGACCUGGGUGACCAUUGCCACCCUUCUCAACUUCGCCAUAGUCCUGAGCUACUGGGGCGGCAUGGACCAGUCGGAUGCAAGCACCGUAAGCCUCUCGGUCCUCCUCGUAGAGGUCCUGGUCUACUUCGCCUUAGAGAACAUCUUCUUUGACAAGUACCUCCGCUAUACCUACACGGUCUGGAUGGUGGUCAUCUUCGCUUUGACUGGAAGCCUUGCGAAGAACUACACUGCUGGGAAGCGCAACUCCAUCUUUUCUCUGGUACUCAUCUGUCUGGCUGCCGCUUUGUUCCUCGUCAAGAUUGCGCUUUCCGUUUGGCGUGCCUUAAAGAGGCCGCUGUACACCAACCAGGUGACGCAGUCCAAGCAGGAGCUUGCAAUGGCUUGAAUUCGACGCUUGAGGGCGUACACGUGCAGUUGUAUAAGGCUGGGUCUAAAACGGACUUGCUUUUGUCUUUGGCUGCGACUGCUCACUGGAGCGUGUCAGGUUUAAAAACUGAAACAGCAAAACGGCCUAUUUCGGCCCGGCCAGGCUCGAGAAUUACUAAGAUAAUUUGUAAGGACAAACUGCACAGACAAUCUUCACAUGUUAAUCAAGCUUUUGUGAUAAUUGCAUACAAUGUACAUAGUCUUAAGCCUGUAUUACCACUUUACCAAUUGCACAGUAGCCCAAUCUGAAAUGGCACAUGUAUACAGCCAUCUAAUACCGUGAAAGUUUGAACAGUUUAGUUUUCCAUAACAUUAACAAUGUACGAUAGGUAUUUUGUUUUUAAUUUGAUAUCGUGAUUUACCGCAUGAGUACCAGAUACUAUUUCUGACUAAAAUUCCAUAUUUGAAUAGAGGAUGGAUGUAUUGUAUUCGCCAUAACUUUAACGCUUGUAUCAUUUUGAAAAGAUACUUUAACUUCGUUACAGAACGUCGUUGAACUUCAUUGUUAAUUUCGAUUUUAAAUUACACCAAUAGAUUUCACAUUUUGGUCAGUCGCAGUAAUUCAAGAAUAUAGCAUUCUGAAGUGUCGGGGAAAUUCGUCUCCGCACGUUGAGAUUGGCGCUGAAUUGAAAAAGAAAAUGCACUUUGAUCAUUCAUUUUCGCGCUUCGGUAAUUCAUAUUCAGUUCACGCGUAUACCUUAUUACGACAUCCUGGAACGAAACUGAAAUAUCUGUCUAUGCAAUUUGAAUGUUAUAAGUGUUACAGUAUCUGGGAAACAAAUAUUAUCAAAUCAAACCAACUUCUAUAUACAUGUACAUGUACUGCUAAAUGUCUUGUUCGGUAAUAAAAUUAACUAUAGUAAUUGUUGGAUGAUACAUUACAUGUA